CUAACAUGUAUUUGUCAUAACACACGUAAAAUUUUUCUUGAAACAUUUUUUUGGUAUAAAUUAAAGUAAAAUGUCGAACUGGAAAAAUUUUGGAAGUGCAAAAUUGUUAGUACCAAAUUUAUAUUUAAAAUCACAAUACCGAAAUAUUGCUUGGUUUUCAAAACUUCCUCUAGCGGACCCGGACCCAAUUUUUGGACUUCUCGACUCCUUUUUGCAAGACACUUCGAAACAAAAAGUAAAUUUAGGUGUAGGAGCAUAUAGAGAUGAUGAAGGCAACCCGUAUGUUUUACAAAGCGUUCGCAAAGCAGAAUUAAAAAUUAUGUGCAAAAGUAUGAAUAAAGAAUAUGCCGGCAUGAUAGGCAAUCAGGCAUUUUGUAGAAAAGCCUUUGAUUUUGCAAUGGGAGAAGGUAACGAAUUUUCAGAAUGUGGACGAACUGUCUUCUGUCAUACUAUUGCCGGGUCAGGAGCAAUAUCUGUGGCCGGUGGAUUCUUAAGUAAGUGGUUUCCACAUAACAAGGUAAUUUAUAUAUGUGAACCCACCUGGCCCAAUCAUCAUCGUAUUCUUGAACAUGCUGGAAUGACUACGAAAACUUACAGGUAUUACAAUGAAAAAACAUUGGCUUUGGACUUUGAAGGUAUGAAGGACGACCUGAACAAAAUACCCUGUAAAUCCAUAGUGUUGUUUCACGCCGCAGCCCACAACCCCACAGGAGUCGAUCCUACGCCGAAGCAAUGGGAUGAAAUUGUAGCUAUUUGUAAAGAAAGGAAAUUUUAUAUUUUUGUUGAUUUCGCAUAUCAAGGUUUUGGUUCUGGAGAUCCCGAUAUGGAUGCGUACCCAGUGCGUCAGUUUGCUAAAGCUGGCCUUGGUAUGGCCAUAUGUCAAAGUUUUUCCAAAAAUAUGGGUUUGUAUGGUGAACGAGCUGGUCUAGCUUCUUUCAUCUGCAAAUGUCCAGAUGAAGCAAAGAGAGUGGAGUCCCAAGUAAAGCUAAUAGCAAGGUCUAUAUACUCCAAUCCUUCAAUUAAUGGUGCCCGAAUAGUGUUAGAAAUUUUAUCAGAUAAAAAAUUAAAGAAAUUGUGGCUAAAAGAGCUCAAGCAGAUGGCUUCGAGAAUCCAUUGGGCCAGAAAAACAUUAAAAGAAGGAAUGGCCAGAGCUGGAUCAACUUUGAAUUGGGAUCAUAUAACCAACCAAAUAGGAAUGUUUUCGUAUACCGGUAUAAAAGGUCCUGCUGUAAAAAAACUAACAAAGGACUACCACAUAUAUAUGAUGGAGAACGGAAGAAUAUCCAUUUCAGGGAUUAACACCAAAAAUGUCGAUUAUGUCUGUAAAGCCUUUCAUAGUGUCGCUACUCACAAAAAAUAAGUGUUAUUUAGUAAAACUAUUUUGAAAUAUUAAAAAAUCGAAAUAUUAUUAUGAUGUAUAUUUUGAUAUUAAAAAUAAAAUUUUUGAUGUA